AUGAGUGGCUUCUUCUCGCGCCUGGACCCACGGCGGGUGCCAUGGGGGGCAGCGGGCCAUGCCCUACGCACCCGCGUCCUGCGCACGAAGCCCGUGGAGUCAAUGCUGGAGGGCACAGGGACCGCAGCUGCCCAGGGCAGCAGGCUGGCCAAGGUCCUCACCACCCUCGACCUCAUCUCCCUCGGCGUCGGGAGCUGCGUGGGCACUGGCAUGUACGUGGUGUCCGGCCUGGUGGCCAAGGAGAUGGCAGGACCCGGGGUCAUCGUUUCCUUCAUCAUCGCUGCUGUCGCCUCCAUCUUGUCAGGUGUUUGCUAUGCUGAGUUUGGCGUGCGGGUUCCCAAGACCACGGGCUCUGCCUACACCUACAGCUACGUGACGGUGGGGGAGUUCGUGGCAUUCUUCAUCGGCUGGAACCUCAUCCUGGAGUACCUGAUCGGCACGGCCGCCGGCGCCAGCGCCCUCAGCAGCAUGUUCGACUCGUUGGCCAACCACACCAUCAGCCGCUGGAUGAUCAACAGCGUUGGGACGUUGAACGGACUAGGGAAAGGAGAGGAGUCAUACCCUGACCUUCUUGCUCUGGUCAUUGCUGUCAUUGUCACCAUCAUCGUUGCCUUGGGGGUGAAGAACUCGGUAGGGCUGAACAACGUGCUCAACGUCAUUAACCUGGCAGUCUGGAUCUUCAUCAUGAUUGCUGGUCUCUUCUACGUCAAAGGUGACAACUGGUCUGAAGGGCAGUUCCUGCCGUUUGGAUGGCCGGGGGUGCUCAAAGGGGCUGCGACAUGUUUCUAUGCCUUCAUCGGCUUUGACAUCAUCGCCACCACGGGAGAAGAAGCGAAGAGUCCCAACACCUCCAUCCCCUACGCCAUCACAGCCUCGCUUGUCACAUGCUUGACAGCAUAUGUGUCUGUGAGCAUCAUCCUCACGCUGAUGGUGCCGUACGAUGCCAUCGACACCGAGUCCCCGCUGAUGGAAAUGUUUGUGGCCCAUGGCUUCUAUGCAGCCAAGUUCAUCGUUGCCAUCGGGUCCGUGGCCGGCCUGACUGUCAGCUUGCUGGGCUCCCUUUUCCCAAUGCCGAGAGUCAUUUACGCCAUGGCUGGUGAUGGGCUGCUCUUCAGAUUUUUGUCCCAUGUCAGUUCUUACACGGAAACUCCUGUAGUGGCUUGUAUUGUCUCCGGAUUCCUCGCAGCGCUGCUCUCCUUGCUGGUCAGCCUGCGGGAUCUGAUAGAAAUGAUGUCCAUCGGCACGCUGCUCGCCUACACGCUGGUCUCUGUCUGUGUCCUGCUCCUCCGAUACCAGCCCGAGAGUGACAUUGAUGGCUUUGUCAAAUUCCUCUCCGAGGAGCACACCAAGAAGAAGGAGGGCAUCCUGGCCGACUGCGAGAAGGAAGCUUGCUCCCCAGGGAGUGAAGAAGAGUUCACCGGCCCACAGACCAACACGUGCGGGGCAAAAAAUCUGCCAUCACUUGGGGAUAAUGAGAUGCUAAUUGGGAAAUCUGAUAAAUCCACCUACAACGUGAACCACCCCAAUUACGGCACGGUCGACAUGACCUCAGGGAUAGAGGCAGAUGAGUCUGAGAACAUCUACCUCAUCAAGCUGAAGAAGUUGAUUGGCCCUCGCUACUACACUAUGCGGCUCCACCUUGGGCUGCCGGGGAAAAUGGACCGCCCCACAGUGGCCACCGGCCACACAGUCACCACCUGCGUGCUCCUGCUCUUCGUCCUGAUGUUCAUCUUCUGCUCCUUCAUCAUUUUUGGGGCAGACUACAUCUACGAGCAGAGCUGGUGGGCUGUCCUCCUUGUCGUGCUGAUGGUCCUGCUCAUCGUCGUGCUGGUGUUUGUGAUCUUGCAGCAGCCAGAAAACCCCAAGAAGCUGCCCUACAUGGCACCUUGUCUGCCCUUCGUCCCUGCCUUUGCCAUGCUGGUGAAUAUCUAUCUCAUGCUGAAGCUCUCCACAGUCACGUGGAUCCGAUUUGCUGUCUGGUGUUUCGUGGGUCUGCUCAUCUACUUUGGCUACGGGAUGUGGAACAGCACGCUGGAGAUCAGCGCCCGCGAGGAGGCCCUCCACCAGAGCACCUACCAGCGCUAUGAUGUGGACGUCGACCCCUUCUCUGUGGAUGACGGCUUCUCUUACACCACAGAGGGUGAGGGAUACCCGGGCUGGGGUCCCUCUGAGGACAAGGGCUUCUCGUACCAGCAAAUGGCAGGAGCAAAGGAAAGCCAUCGGACGAGUAGCAGGUCGAAAAGUAAAGGCAGGCACAAACCGCCAUCGGAGGCUCUCAUCGCCAACGACGAGUUGGACUACUCACCUGAGUAG